AGGGAACUGCCAGUGUUGAUCAUAGAUCCUGCCAAUGAGGUGCGCUUUCACACUCAUGCGACACAGCCGAUUGGGACCGUUCAUAAUUGAAGUCGAUGACACUCUGUUCAACGGCCGCGACGACGUGUUCCACAUGCUAAAAAGAGGUUGAACCAGCACUUGGCAUGUGCGUGAAUGAUUGCUCUUAGUCAACACUCGUGCCAGUUCAUGGAAUCCGAGUAUCAUGAAAGUGCACUGUUUCACCUUCAUCAGUCUAGAAGGCUUGGCAGUGUUUUCGGAACUUGUGUAACCCUGACAGACGUGCGGUGCGUCGACGAUCAAUGACGGCUACCUGUCGCCCGCGGCCAACGGCUUUUGCUGCAUUCUCAUGUCAAAAUAUCGCAAAUCGGACGGGAAGUCGACUUCAGCUAGCCUACUUCGGUCUGGGAUCCACUCCUCCCUACAAAAGAUGGACGCACUUCAUGAGAGUCAACUUUCGCAAAAGCGCGAGGAUGGAACAAAAACUCGCCACUCUUUCCGACGUCGCUAACAAUGGCUUUGACUUCGUCAUUGUUGGUGGCGGGACCGCUGGACUCGUGCUUGCGAAUCGCCUCACGGAGAACCCUGAAGUCUCUGUAGCAGUGCUCGAAGCAGGAAAGGCCCAUAUCGAAGAUCCACUUAUCCAAAAGCUCGAUGGCUGGGUGAAGCAGCUCGCGAACCCAGAAUAUGACUGGUGCUUCCCGAUUGUACCGCAGAAACACGCUGGGAAUAACAGUAUCUCUUGGAGUCGAGGAAAGGGCUUGGGUGGAAGCUCCGCUAUCAAUCUGCUGGGAUGGACUAGGCCGCAGCGCGAAGACUUCGAUGCGAUUGAGAAGUUGGGGAACCCGGGAUGGAACUUCGAUCGGUUCUAUGAGUAUUCUAAGAAGUCGGAGAAAUUCGUCAUUCCAGAGACUGCUAGGUGUCACAAGGGUUACCGAGACUUGUAUGAGUUCCACUCGAUGGGCAAAGACGGACCGAUCCCUCUCUCGUUCGCUCGUACGAGCUCUGGGGCAGAGUUUGAGUUUCAGAAGAGCUUAGAGCAUCAUGGAGUAACGACAAUAUCGGACAUGCUUAGCGGAGAUCUUCUCGGAACCGCAAAGAUUGUCUCCAGCAUAGAUCCUGCCAGUGGAACGAGAGCCUACUCCGCUUCACAAUAUCUCUUCCCUGUCCUUGAAGAACGUCCCAAUCUGAAGGUGUUGAGCGAAGCAUAUGUGACUAGGUUACUCUUGACAAAGGAUGGCGAAGAGAUUGUUGCCAGUGCCGUUGAAUUCGAACAUGGAGGAUCAUUGCAUCAAGUGCAUGCCUCGAAGGAAGUCAUUCUUUCCGCGGGUGCAAUCAAGUCUCCAAACAUACUCGAGCUGAGCGGCAUCGGUGAUCGCGAGAUUUUGGAACCUCUUGGUAUCCCUGUCAUACAACAUCUUCCCGCAGUUGGAACUAAUGUACAGGAGCAUUUGACUAUCACUGGGCUUGUAUUUGAGAUGCGUGACGAUAUCGACAUCGCCACCAGCGAUCUUAUGCGCGACCCUGCCUUCCAAUCCAAGCUGAAGGGAGCCUACCCCCACGUCGAGGGCCCGCUGUCGCUUGUGUGGACCGGUAUCACCUACUUGCCCGUGCAGACUGUUUCUGAGAGAGCAGACUCCAUCAUCGACAUGCAGACCGCACAGAUAGUCAAGGAAGCCGAUCAAUAUCCCCCUGGGCUCGGGGAGCAGUAUGAAAUGCAACUAGAGCUCAUGAAGGAUGCCAAGGUGCCCGAUGUGGAGUACCUGGUAUUUCCAUUCUCGCUGGUCCCAGACACUUCUGGAAAACCUCGCCUUUCACUGCUCCCUGUUGUCAGCCACCCAUUCUCUCGUGGAACGAUCCACAUUAACUCGGCUGAUCCAAAGACGCAUCCGACCAUCGAUCCCCAUUACUACGAGGAAGAAGCUGACCUCGAGAUAAUGUUGGAUUCUUUCAAGUACGCUCGAAAGAUUGCACAAACAGAACCGUUCAAGAACAUCGUGGUCGCAGAAGUGAUGCCAGGAUCCAAUGUUACAGAUGAUGAUGAGCUUCGCGAUCACCUGCGCAAGCAUUUCUGGACGGCGUGGCAUACGGUUGGGAGCCUGUCUAUGCUGCCGAAGGAGAAAGGCGGGGUUGUUGACCCAAUGUUGAAAGUGUACGGAACGAAGAAUGUGCGUGUUGUCGAUCUUUCGAUCAUCCCACUGGAAGUAUCGGCUCAUACCCAAGCCGUGGCGUAUGGUAUCGCCGAAAUAGCUGCCGACAUCAUCAAGAAUGACAAUAGGCUCUAGAUCAAAGUGCGGGGAUCACGUUCAUAUGAUUUGUUACGAAAGCUUUGUAGUUUAGCGUCGUACUCUAUGUAUCACAGAUUUUGGAUUGGUAUUUUCGUCGACUGCACGGCUA